UAUAUUGAAAUUAUGGUUGCGCCAGUAAAGACAUUGCUUUCCCCCCUUAUGAGUUAAAACAGGCUGCGUACUGUUUCCUUUUUAAAAUAUCCCAGUGUUGGUUUUUUGUUUUUUUUUAAUAGUCCUAAAAAACCCUCCAAUAGUUAGCACUGUAAAUAGAAAAUUGCCAGCGCUUUCCCCACGUGCACUAGUUUUCUAGCUGCAGGGAUGUGGUGAGGUAUUAUUUUUUUAAAAAAUGCAAGAGGGGAAUUAAAAAUAUGAUUUCCCCCGAUAAUUAGCACUGUAAAUAGAAAAUUACCAGCGCUUUCCCCUCUUGCACUAGUUUUCUAGCUGCAGGGAUGUGGUGGGGUAUUAAUUAUUUUAUUAAAAAUACAAAAUAUGAUUCCCACCCACUCCGAAGUGGUACAGUCCAUUCUACCGCGGCGCGUUCUACAAGGCUUCGCUGGGAAAGGUCCAUUUGCCAAAACUGGGAGGGUGGGAGGAGCUUAUUAUGUCGCGGCCGCGCCUCCCCUCCCUCUUCCCGACAGGCCUCGCGGCGGCCGCAUCCUCACUUCCCCUCUCCCGCUGACGUAAAAUCCCGUUUCGUCGGGGGGCGGGAUCGACGAGAGCCAUGGUUACCGCGGCAACAGCAUCCGGGUUCCUCGCGCGGCGCGGGGGAACCUUUCGCGUCGUCUGGUAACCAUAGCAACAAGCGGCUUGCCGGGCCUGGUUGAGAAACUGAGGCGCCAUGGCGGAGGUGGCCGUACGACCGGUGAGCGAGGGGGUCCUGUAUUCUCGUCUCUUGCCACCUUUGCCUUCACUCCCCGUUCCCCUCACGUUCCCCUUCGGAAGCGGUCGGGCUCCUUCCCUCAGAGCCCGCGCGGCCUGUUUGCUACCAGAAAGCCUGGCUUGGAAACACGCAGGCUGAGCAGGCGCCGCUGCUCCUCUUCCUCCCCAUCACGUGUAGAUAUUGGGGUCGGUGAGGGGGGGUCUUUAGCACCGAGGGGGCUCCCUGCUUGCUUGCCUACCCGGCCUUCGCACCCCCAGAUUCCUUCACAACGUGGCAUUCCUGCAUGGCGCGGGGUUGGACUAGAUGACCCUUGGGGGUUUCCCUUCCGGCUCUAGGAUGUUAUAAUCCUUAUUGAUAUAAGCACUGCCGGUGGCGCUUUGGCGCAGGGAUAAUAAGGGCAAGGCUGCAAGCUUUCGCGAUUUGCUCCGAGCGUCAAGAAUCAGUGCCGGAUUUACGUAUAAACUCAACAAGCCAUAGCUUAGGAUCCCGCGGUCUUGGGGACCCCAAAAAAAUUAAAAGGAAAAAAAUAUGGAUGUACGUUUCCAAAAUAUAAGAUAAAAAGCAAAUAAAAUAAAACCUUCAAUUAUUAUUUACCUAUAAGCUCAACAAGCCAUAGCUUAGGGCCCCCCGGUCUUGGGGACCCCCCAAAAAUUAAAAGGAAAUAAAAUAUGGAUGUACGUUUCCAAAAUAUAAGAUAAAAAACAAAUAAAAUAAAACCUUCAAUUAUUAUUUACCUAUAAGCUCAACAAGCCAUAGCUUAGGGCCCCCCGGUCUUGGGGACCCCCAAAAAAUUAAAAGGAAAAAAAAUGGAUGUACGUUUCCAAAAUAGAAGAUAAAAAACAAAUAAAAUAAAACCUUCAAUUAUUAUUUAUUUAUUAUCUGGCCUGGUUCUAAUAUAUCUUUACAAUAGCCCUUUAAACUCGGCAUCAUCUCCAUAUUGUCAGUGGUGGGGGAAAGAGGAAAAAGAGAGUGAGUGGCCCAAGGCUCUAAGCUUUGCAGGGAUUUGAACAACCAAGUCUCCCGUGCUUAUGCUAAAUGUUCUAAUCCUUACAUCAGUCCCGGUUUUCAUCACAUACAGUUCCCAUCAGCUUCAGCCCGCAUGGCCAAUGGCCAGGGGUUAUGGGAGUUGUAGUCCAGAACAUCUGGAAUGCACCAGGCUACCUUCCCCUUGUAGAGAGAAUAUUUGAGUGGGUGCUAAGUUCUUAACCCGAGGUACCACUGUACCCCUAAAAACAAUACAGAAUGAUGAUUUUAAAGGUAUCUUUUUAUGGCAGUGUGCUCUAACAUUAGAUUUGUUAAAAUAACCUCCAGUACAUCACUUCAAAGGACAUGAUUCACUGGUGUUAAUUUUUUGGUGGUCACAGCUGGAGAAUAUAGUUAGAACCAAGAUUCUUUAUGGUACAUUCCAGGAAUUUUAGUUGCUCUUUUAAUGGUGGUUUCAGCUCAGCAUUUCACGUUAGACAGAAGGAUUUUGAUCUGCAAGAUUUUUUUUAAAAAAUAAUAUUUAUUAAUAAUUUCAGAAUUACAGGGGGAAAAAACAACAACACUGCAAUACAUAAAAAGAAGAAAAAAUGCAAAACAUAAAAACCAAUACAACAAUACAGCAAAAAAGAAAAUAAAAAAAGGAAAAAAAGACACAAAUCCCAUAUUACAUAUCUUUAACUUCCAUUUGCUUGUUUCGUUGACCUCCUCACACCUCCCUUUUUGUAUUCUAGUUUAGUUAGUUAUUUCAGCAAAUUCUUUCCAUCUUUCUCAAUUUUUAUUAGAUGAUUUAUCUUAACAAUUUAACCUAUUAAUUAACUCGACAGAUCCUUUCCAUCUUUCCCCGUAUUCUGUUAUUCAAAUUACCUUAAUUUAUUUAACCUUAUCUUACCAUAAAAUACCUUAAAGCUUAAAACUUAAUACUCAGUUAUACAUAACUCCUGAUAUCAUUUCUGCUAGAGUCAUAUAGUUUCAUUCCAACAUUUUCCCUAAUAUUCAUUAAUUUUAGGCUAAUUCCCUAAAUAAAAAAAAUUUCUUUAUAAAUUUUCUUCCAAUCUUCAUCCAACGUCUCUUCUUCCUGGUCUCGGGUCGUGUCAGUCCUUACUGUCCAUUCCAUCUAGUCCAUCAACCUGGAAGUCUUAUGUCCGAGGCCCUUAAGUCUCUUCCAUGUCCCUUCUGCAGAUCUUCUUCUUCUUGUUUAUACUUGCACUUUUCCUUGUCUUUUGUUGGUCUCUUUCUUAAUUUCUUUCCUUUCUCAUUGAGGAGUAGGUCUCUGGGGGGUUCCAACCCAAAGUUAUCUCCGUCUCCCUUCAUCAAACCAGCCCAUUCCCCACAGUCCCACUCCCCACAGUCAUCAAUAUAAUCCAAAAAAAUUUGCGAGAAUAUUUCAAAGUCUCUCCAAAGUUAAAAGCCUCCUCAGCUCCAGACUCCCCCUGGCCCACUCCAACUUCAAUCUUCAAAAACAGCGGCUUAUGCUCCUGUAGGGCCUUGGGCCUCUCCAUUUGUAUUAUUUGAGGUGCAACCGCAGCCUCCUCCAUUAUAUUGUGCACUUGCACAAUCAGUACAGGUUCCUGAGUUGGAUCCUGGAUGGUUUCUGUAUCACUAUUCACUAUUUGUCCACAAAUGUUGGCCACAACAGUCAUCAAAUCCAUUUUCUCAUUCAUCAAAUCCAUCUUCUCAUGCAUCUGUUCCAACAAAGCACUUGUCUUGCAUAAAGCAAGCACCAAAACUUCCUUCCAGCUCAUAUUUAGUCAAGGUCAAAAGGACUAAUCCCACGAUCUUAAUCUCACAGCUGUGGAAUCCUCAAGUAGACUACAGCAACAAUUUAGCAGGCUCCCUCUAGAGGAGACAAUUUCUAUUUGUAUCCAUUUUUUAAGGCAAGUCUAACAAAGGAAAAUUACUUUCAUUUUUCAGAUAUUUAGUUUCUUUAGAAUGCAAAAGGCAACAUUGGAAUCAGUUUAUUUCUCUUCUUCAGCUAUCUGUCAAAGUAUUCCAUUCACAGUCAAUGAAUCUCUCCAACAAUUUCUGUCUCUGACACCCCGUUCCCAGAUUAGAGACGGUGGAAACUUAUCUUUCUUCACUCCCUCUCCUGCAGGCGUUACACAAAGUCCCCCCCCCUUUCUCCUGCUUCCAGGGGGGUUUCAGUAGUUAUAAAUGAAGGAAAUUUAGGCUUUUUAAACAACUUUCCAGGCUUUAGCUUACAAGGUUUUUGCUUUAGUCUAUAUACAAAAAGCGGAAGGCGGACUUCCUGUUUUGAACCUUCCCGCUUCGAUGUCAAAUUAAGAUAUUUCUUGAUCCAAUUUUCCGUUUCUACUCACGGGUACUUGUUUUAAAUCCAAUUGUCCACAGGAAAAAGUCAGCGCUCUCCGGCGAUGGCUGUGCGGCUUCACUCCGUGAAAGUAGCAGUCAGUUCGCAGCACCGCGCUGCUCACCCCAUUUCACUCCGGAAUCCCAAAAAGGGGUUCCCCAUGAGUAGGGGGGCGUUCCUGGUGCCCUGCCGAACCCCACGUUCCCAGGCUUCCUCCGCCUGGGAUUUCUAGCGGGUCCCCACCUUCGCCGCGGUGGGAAGACCCAGUUUCCUCCGGUCGGAGGAACUCCGCCAUUCACCGAUGGCGCUAACCCGGAAGUCGGAUUUUGAUCUGCAAGAUUGUCUUGCUCUAUGUGACUAUAUUUGGUAGUACAGUGAGAAAGUUUUGAUGUCUUGCUUGCAGAAUGAUUUUUACAUUGGAUUUUUUAAAACUAAAGUACCUUCAUUAUCCAGCACUGCUACAUCAUUGCCCCAGGUCACUAUUAAUUUAAAGUAAAUACUUUUGUUUUUCCAUUAACCAUUGCAGGCAGUAGUGCUUAAAAGCAGCAAUUCUAAGAAUAAAAUAAUGUGACAUAAAGCUUUCCUCCUGGGCAGACGCACAUGGAUCAUGAUGAAUAACCUCCUUUGUCUUCAUAGCUGUACUCUGUGUCUCAGCAGUUUGCCUGAAAGCUACAACAUUAAUUUAUUGAAUGAAUUUUUGUGCUACUCUUCAGGUAAGAUCCACAGGGUGGCUAAGAAAAUACACUUAAGUGCAUAAUAACAAUAUAAAAUGUCAUAAAACAUUAGCAGAGGAAUUAAAAGCAGAUGGCUAGAUUAAAGCUUAAAAAGCAUGGAGAAAUAAUAAUAUCUUUCUUCAUUGGGCACGAAAAAGACAUCAUUAUUGGCACCAGCUGAGUCUUCCUGGACAGUGCUUUCCAGGGGUCUGAGGGCCACAGCUCAAAUGACCCUCUUGUGGAUCACCACUUGCCUCAGGUCUCUAGCAGAGGGACUCAAAGAAGGGUGUCCAAAGAAGAUCCCAGAAAUCAGGCAGAUGUAUGUGUCCAGGUGGUGGUCCUUAAUGUAUCCUGGCCUUAACCAAUGUAUGGUUUUAAAGGUUCAGCUAGCAUCUUGAACAGAACCCAGAUGUUUACUCUGUGAAACUGUUUUAAGAGUAGCAACAUACAUCUGUCUCAGUACAAAAUACAGCUGCUAGGUUACCAACUGUAAUUUUUUCCAAACUGUAUGUAGGCAGCCCAGCAUAAAACUUUAAUGCAGCUGGGACAUUGUCACAACAUUAAAAAACUGUGGCCGCCUGUCUUUGUCUAGGAGAGGCCAUGCAUCAACCUUCCAAGUGUAAGAUGGUUUGUGCUGCUGCAGCCGCUUGGAUGUCCAAAUAAAAGAACAGAUAGAUCUAGUAGGAAUUCCAGCCUAAGAACCUAAUUGUUCUGACAAUGUUCCCCACCCCCAGCUUCGUUCUCCAAAAUCAUGAGACUAGGUUCUCAGGUUACAGCUUGUUCUUUCUGUAGUUUUUCUGGGAAGUGCAAACCAAGGGUAGCUUAUGGCACAGCAAAUGUAUAGUUGUUUCCCUGAGGGAAAAUGUAUGGAUCAUUUGUACUAAAUGAGCAAUGGUUCAAUUUCUAGGAAGUUUCAUUUUUCUAUGACUCAAGUUCCCCAACCUCAGUUGGCAGAGGCAUAGCAGUUGAAAUGCCAGUUGUGGUGUAACCAUGUACUAAUGCCACAGACACCUACUGGAACUGGAACUGAUUAGUUUUAAAGCUAAAUGUAAAUAAGUCCAUAGUUAGCUUCCUCUGCUACCCCUCUUCUGGUUUUAGUGUAAAGUAAACCCAAUCUAGGCAGCAGAUACAAUUGUCAAAGCAGGGAAUGGAUCACCAUGUUGUGGUGACGAGAUUCACAUAUAUACUCACAAACAUGCUUGGCCACUGCUCUCGACAAUAGAUUUUUUUUUUAAAUCCAGUUUUUUUCUGUGUGCAAGUCCAGCUUCAGGCCAAAAUUUCAGCACUCAAGACAGGCAGCAACUCUGUUACAACUUUAAAAGUUCUACACACUGUCAGAAUCCAUAUAAUCAAUAGCAGCAGCAGCAGCAGGAAGGCAGGUGUAAGUAAGUGGAAUUAAUCCAAUUCUGUUACUAAUAAUAGAUAUAAUGCAGUCAGCAGCUUUGUGGUGGCUUUCUGACUCCUUUGUUGAUAACAGAGCAUAAGCUGCAUCUGUUAGGUCUAUAAGAAAAAACUGAACCAUUUGGGGCUUUAUAGAAAGUUUUUUUAAAAAAGUGGUGACAUGUCAGAGAUUGAGAAAAGUAAACGUGCUUAAUGUGAAUAGAAUGCCCCCCUUUUUUCGGGGAUCAACCUGUGAAAAUUCAGAACAGUCAUAAGGGGGUAGUAUUGCAUACAGAACACAAUAAAUGUAUGGAGCUUGCUCCUUCGAGAUUAGAUGGGGGUGAGGGGGCGCCAGUUUAGAUAGCUUAAAAUGGAACCAGACAAAUUCACCUGCUAUUAACUGUGAUGGUAAAUGGAACCUUUAUGUUCAGAAGCAGUAUACAUUAGAAUACUAGAUGUUAGGGGAAAUUGGAGGCUGGAGUGAGGAGGGUGGCUGUUUUGUUGUCAGCUCUGCUGAGAAGCAAGACUUCUUUCUCCAUCAAGUGCGAACAUGGCAGCAGUCAUUCCAUCAGACUCAGAAGUGGAAGAAAAGGGAAGCAGUCUCCCUCCCCAUUGGUGCUGCAGUUGAGAGACCAGCGAUGUUUGGCUCUUCUGCUUCCAUCUCAGCUGCUCAACCUGCAUCUUAGAACUAGUCAGGACUGGCCCACCUAGCAAAGUGAGGGGGCCACCUUGGGCAGAAAGAUUCACAGGGGCAGCAAAUCCCAAUGUAUAUAUUUAUUUCCACCCCCUUGUUCCUGAUAUAGAUCUGCGCUCACCCCUUAUUCCCUGGCAGAGAGGGGGGCAUCAUUUUGUUUUUUGCCUCAGCUGCCAAAAUGUCUUGAGCUAGCCCUGGAAUUAAGUACUUGUGUUUCUUCAUUUCUUACUCCCUCCCAAUCGUAUUUUCUUUUUGUGUGUUGUGUCUUUUUAGAUUGUAAGCCAGAGGGCAGGGUCAUUUUGGUUUGUAUUGAUUUUGUAAGUAAGUAAGGUAGUAAGUAAGUAAGUAAGUAAGUAAGUAAGUAAAUGAAUGAAAGAUAGAUAGAUAGAUAGAUAGAUAGAUAGAUAGAUAAGCUCUUCAGAAGCAUCUGUGUGGCCACUGUAAGAUGUUGGAGUGGAUGGACCCACCAGAACACUCCCAUGCUCUUUUCCAUUUAGGUUAUUAUUGGAACUAAAUAAUAUUGUACCAAAAGCAGGAUACUGUAAAUAAAAUUGGGAAAAUGAGAAGUGGAGUGUUACAGAAAGACUGGAGCAAAAUCAUAGAAUUGUAAAGUUGGAAGGGACCUUGAGGGUCAUCUAGUCCAACCCUUUGCAGUGCAGGAAUCUUGCCCACAGCCAUCCCUGGGUGGGCUUGAACCACCAACCUUCUGGUUAACAACCAGACCCAUUGACCCGUUGUGUCACUGGGAGCUUAUAUUUUUUUUGAUCCCUCUCCCAGUAUUUUCCCAUUGAAAAUUACAGGAUUUGGAAGGAAAUCGGGGGGGGGGGAGGGAAGAAGGGACAGCUGUGUCUCAAACAUUUGGCGUUUUCUCUUAAUUUUCUGUGGCAAAAGAUAAAGUGGGGCCAUUUCUGGCCAUUCCAUCCCUUGUGGCUAAAUUAUUUUUGUAGCUUUUACUACACACCUAGCAUAAACAAGGCAUACCCUGAUAUACAAGAUGUUCAACCCCUGCAGAAAUUUCUUCAAAGCAUGAGCUUCUUGAAAAGUUACAUUAAGUAAAUGCUUCUUUAAAAAGAUACUAUGAUAUUAUAUUACAGGCUUAAAAAAAAAACAGAUUUGAAAGCUUCUAUUAAAUAAAGUUCCCCAUUAACUUCCGCAGCCCAAAGAAACCUUCCCUUUGCUUGACUCUCUGCUUCUGUCCCUAGAAAACUCUUUUAUUGAUCACAUGGUUGAAUUUUUCAGUCAGCCCAGCAAUUAGGCUUUUCUAGAGAGGAGAUUUUGCUUCUCAGUUCUAAUAAAUGUAGAAGUAAUGCUUUAUAGAUUUAGGCCUUGUUCUCACUGUGGUGGUGAAUCUGUAUCUAGGCUGUGAGCAGUGGGGGCUCACAUGAGUGAAAGUUCCUCCAAUGCAAAAUAAAAAUAAAAACCACUUCAUGUAGAAACUGUGUCAGGGUUUGCUUUUUUGUUGUGAUGUGUAUAUUCUGAAGUUGUAUAUUGCAAGUUUAUCACCUCCGUAUGAACAAGAUCUUUGAUAAUGUGCUAUUUGCUUUAUUAAUGUAUGUGUAUCUUACAUUAAAAUGUACUAGUGGCCACGAGGACUGGGGCUGAUGGAAGUUGGAGUCCAACAAGAUCUGGAGGGCCAUCCCUGUCAUAGUCCACAUUUAUUAGCGUCUGAACAAGUCUAGGUUGUAUUUCAUCUCUGGAUAAUCCUAUGUUAUUCAUUUUGACACAGUUUUAAUGCCUUUUUUGUAUUAUUUCAGCCUGCAUCCUUCCCAGCAUCCAAAGAACCUCCAAGAGCUCGCUCAGCAAGAGGUUUGUUCUAGCUUAUCUAUUUCAUGGGUAAAACGCUUUGUGAAAUAACAGAGCUGUCCCUUUGCAGUUACUGAAUUGCUUUGACCCAACCUAGUGAAUCAGAUCCAUUCUAUACACACACACACACACCUGUGAUUUACAGGUUGGUGUGGAGAGACAUUUCCAUAUAUCAUUGCGAUUUUGAAAAUGAUCUAUCAGUCUUUCAUUUGAUAUUGGUACCACUUAGCAGUGACAAAUAGUUUAGGCCCAAUGGAUAGCUGUGGGCCAAACUAUCAUGCUAGCAUCAGAUUUGUGUCAUAAUCAGUCUGCUUUCUCAUUAAUAAUAAUAAUUUUUAUUUAUUUAUACCCUGCCCAUCUGGCUGGGUUUCUUUCCCCAGCCACUCUCACUCGCUAUAUAGCAGGGGGAGGGGACUUAAAGCAGUCAAAACUGGGUGUGGAGUUGAACAUUCUCGCCCCUGCAUCACUUCCCCCCAUCCAUUUGUCCCUCAGUACAAAUAACAGAAAACUGACACAUAACCACAUUUUUCAAGUAACUACCAUGUGUCUAGGUUCUGUAUGCAUUGGCUCUCUGAGGAUUACUACAGAUAUGUGCCAGUAGAGUUCUGCAUGUUACCUAGCAUAUCAGCUGGGUAGAGGAGUGGAGAAUUCUUUUGUUACUCACUGUAAUGUCUGUUUUUCUAAGCAAUGUCCUAUCCAACUAGUUAUCUCGUGAAUAUGAAUCUUGCAUUUUGUACCUAAUGUUUGUCCUUGGGAUCAGCUUUAUAUUACUAGUCCACUUUUGAGUGCAUUUUGACCCCCCCCCCAUCCACUAAAGUCCUUGCAUCCUUUUCCUUAGCAUUAUUCUGAAGCAUAGCAUUUCACUUGUGUACUAUUCACUCUCAUUCCUAAGCAGGCAAAGAGGAGCAAAGCUAAGCCCUCUUUCUGGAAUUUCCUCUGAGGGAAAGGCAAAGGCAAGUCAGAGUUAAGAAUAAACUUCCUCACUUUUAAAUAAUUUAAACCAGAUGGGGUGGAAAGGCUGACCCUGCUUUUGCAGAACUGUACAGCAUAGCUGCAGAAAUAGAAAAUGGUGUGACUGAUACAGUUCAGCAGCCUUGAAAAUAAAAUGUACACAAAAAUGUACUAGCCAGCAGGAACAGAAACUGGGACUGAGACUGGGACUGUUCAAAAGGCAAUUCAUCAUUACAGCUGGAAUCAAGAAGAAGCAUAAAACAGGAAAAAGGGAAAGAUCAAAAACAAUGCAGAAAAUCGUAUAAUUAUUUAUGUCCACAUUUGUGGACUAAAAGGGGCAACAGCAAAUACUGCCCAUAUUCUGGAUCUCAGACGAACAUUCAGAUUAGGGCAAUUUCCGCUCCCAUUUAAUUUCCAACAGGAUUCUUCAACAUACAUACUCUUAAUGGUGUAUCUAGAAAACACUUGACAAAUGAUUAGAUAAUUUUAUGUUGUACCAAUUAUCUUGAACCUUGAAAUCCUUUCCGAGUGAAAGUCCUUGAAAGAAGUAAACCCUUCAGAGCUUUGCUGCAUGCCAGGCAUUAUUCAGGGACUAACACAUUCACAGGGGAAACCUGCACCCCCCCACACUUACUUUACUUCCUGGGUAGACCUUCUCUGAAAAACCAGUUUCCUUUGUUUGUGCCUCAAAAUCUAGAAUACACUAGAAAUAGUUUCUCCCCACCCAGAAUCAAACAUUGUUUGAAUAAAAGGAGCUCUGCUUCUUGAAGCAGCAUGGGGUUAAUAAUAAUCAUGCUGUGUCGAGAUAUUAAUCUUACUACUUCAUUGUAAAUGAAUUGGAUAUUUUCUAAAAUGCUUUUCUGGUUUUGAAUUAAAAAUGUCUAGCUCCAGUCAUACCCAUUUCCUCUCCCUGAGCAUUCCAAUCAAAUCAUCUUGUAGUUAGUGAUAGUAUGAUACUGGGGAAGGCAUUUCUCUCUUUGUAUACUGCUGGUCGUGUGGAGCAGGACUCCAAUUUAUUUUCUUUCUUUGUAAGGAAAUGCUCUUUGCAAACGUUAAGCCUCUGGUUGAUUAAGCCCUGUUUGUUAAGUUUAUAGAAGAAACAUCUCCUGAAUUAUUUGUUCUGGUGUUCAGUCCAGGUCUUUGGCCAGAUUCAUUACAGGCAUUUUAUUGUGGCGAGCAGGAUGCUAAAUGGAAUUAAGUCAUUUGGAUUUUCUUGUGGUGAAAUAGACACAAAAUAGUGGGAAAUGGACUAAGGCCAAGAAAAGAUUGAAUUUAUUGCUGGAUGAGCACGAAACAGAUAGAUGUUUUUUAUGAGGAAUACUUUGUUUGCUAUGAGCACAGAUACAUUUCUAGUGUUGCUUUUAGCAGUGGCUCCCACAGCCAACAUCUUUCUAUAACAAGAAAUACAGUGGUACCUCCGGUUAAGUACUUAAUUCGUUCUGCAGGUCUGUUCUUAACCUGAAACUGUUCUUAACCUGAAGCACCACUUUAGCUAAUGGGGCCUCCUGCUGCCGCCGCGCUGCCGGAGCAUGAUUUCGGUUCUCAUCCUGAAGCAAAGUUCUUAACCCGAGGUACUAUUUCUGGGUUAGCAGAGUCUGUAACCUGAAGCGUAUGUAACCUGAAGCGUAUGUAACCCGAGGUACCACUGUAUAUGUGUGUAUAUCACAGUCACAUAAAAUAAUUUGGGCACCAUACAGCAGUAUAAAUACCACAUUUCACCAUGUAAUGGUCACAUUUUUUGUGCUGAUUUUUCCUUUCAAAAAAGGGGGUUGCGACUAUUACGUGGGGGUAUAUUGGACCGAGGCCAUUUAGGGCUUUAAAGCAAUUAUACAAGCCCUAUUCUAUUCCACCUGUUGAAUGUUUUGUCAAUUUAGUCCGGAAUAGCCUCCCAUGGAUUUAGAAGGCUGGAGCGUGACUGUUCUUUGAUUAAAGAGAGCUUAGAAAAGCAUGCUUGCCCUAUGGUCAGUUAUCAGCCAUUGGAAAUAUACCUUGGCACCUGUGGUGUAUGCGAACUGGCCACCCUCAUGCAUUUAUGCACGCUGGAUCCGUACCUUUUCCACACAGACACAUAGCUUUUUGCAACCCUGGCGAGUGAACUGAAUCCUGACAACUGGCAACUAGCUCUUACAGUUGUUGUGUUUUAACACAGCAUUCCCCAAAGACAUAACAGGGAUACUGGUUUGCCAGGGACAAAUACCAGAAAACGGGGCCUGUCCCUGCUAGCAGGGAACCUGGAAAUAUUUUUGAAGUGAUGGGGCAUGCUGGUUCAAUAUUAAAUUUAAAAAAAAAGUUAAAAAAGAUUCCAACUGUACUGAAAAGAAACAGCUCAUGAAUGUUAAAGAAUAGUAGACAGAUACGGGCAUCCCCAAACUCGGCCCUCCAGAUGUUUUGGGGCUACAGCUCCCAUCAUCCCUGACCACUGGUCCUGUUAGCUAGGGAUGAUGGGAGUUGUCGUCCGAAAACAUCUAGAGGGCCGAGUUUGGGGAUACCUGGAUUAGAAGUUCACUGUUUAAGGGCUUGGCCUCCUCAACUCCAUAUCGACUCUGGUCUCUCUCUCUCUCCCCCUUCUCCUUACACAUUCAAUACUGUUAGUUGGAGCCCUUGCAGUCCUGAUAAUCUUCUGUCUGCAUGGGAGGAUGCCCCACUCCCAAUCUCCCCAUAGAAAUAGAGGAGGGAGCAGAAAACCCAAUAAGACCAGCACUUGGCCCCAUUCUCCAAAAUCAAGGUGGUGGUGGUGGUGGUUUUGUACAGAGUUCCAUGGUUUUCCCAAGCCACUAUGAGACAAACUGCCUGUUGUGCCUACUUUUUUUUUAUAUAUGGAUCAUUGUCUGGGUCUCUGAAGGAAACGGGAUACCUCUAACUCUGUAAACUGGUGUGUAGCUCGGCCUCCACAAUGCAGAACUAUAAAAAAGCUUCCUGAUAUUGCCAGCAAAUACCCUCAUCAUUCUUACUGACUAGCGUGCCAAGACUGGGCAUCAGUGAGGACUUGUGACUUGCUCAGUCUCAGUUAACCUGCACUAUUGUGAUCAGCCAUCAGACAAACACGUUUUUAGGCAUGCUAAUUAUAAUAGCAUCUUGCUUCCCAUUUUUCCUUUUGGUUAUUUUAAAGGAAUCUAGAAACAAGGGAGGUAAAAACUUGUCACAUAGUCCAUUUUCCACUAGGGGGAGAUCUGGAGCCAGGAAUGGCUGUUCUAUAUUUAAACCGCUGUUCUUAUUUUUUCAAUUUCAAUCCAAUUUUUUCCUUUUGUGUGUAUGGGGACUAUUAAUAUAGAAUAGUGAGAUGAAUUAUAGCUUUGUUGCAAGCAUCAGAAUUGUAUAUGAUGGGUUUUAUUAAACCCAGUUGACUGUAAAUAACUGUGAGCCAUACAGGUUUAUUGUUUGAUUUAAAGUUGGUUCCAGUGGCUGUUUGCAAAAGUGAGCAAAGGGAAAAGAAGCACUAAGCAAUGAGACAACAGCUGUGUCUUGGGGAGUAGAGAGAUUUCAAAGCUUUCUGUUGUGUGUGUGUGCCAGGAGAUGGGCUUAUCACCUGCAUGUGCUUUUGAGUCUGUGUGCGCAGUGUAGUAAGACACCUUUGUGGUUAGAUGAGUUUGUCAUGCUUCAUCUGUGAUUAUUCUCAGCCCUUGGGAUCAUGGAUAUUUGUAGAUGCUGGCCACUAUUCUUUUGUUUAACAUCUUUAAGCAAACCCUUCACUUCUCCUGUUGCGGGUGUGAUCACAUCUCUGGAAUCCUAGGUGAAAACAGAAUCUCUUGUAAAAGACAUCUUACACCUCGUGGCUAAGGGAGUUUAAACCAUUGGCCUGUAAAGAGAAAUGUUAGAAGGUCUCCUAGGGCUCAUGCAUACGUUUUAAUCCUCCUCUCUGAUCCUUGCUAAAGGGAAGCGAUGGCAGCCGACUGGAUGUAAGACUUAUUCAUGCUAGCGUAUUGCCUUUCAUUUUGUGCCAGAAUCCUUACUCCUUGCUCUUCUGUUGCCAUUGUUUCUUUAGGCCCUUGUUACCGCUGUUUCCCUUGCUUCUUUUAAAGAGGAAUUAUAAAUCCCCUGGCCUGGAUAAUUCUAAAGCUGCAAAAAAUGGAAACAGUCACAGAUUUAUUCCCCACAGGUUGGCAGUAAACGAGGCAAAACAAAUAAAGCCCCACAAAUACCAAACCCCACAUCUGGAACUGCCUUCCCUAGUAGCAGAAAUGGGAAAGCAAACAUUACUGUUAUUAAAAAUUGGAGGUUUUGAGUGUUACCUACUAUUUGUUUUGGAAAGUAGUUUGUCUAUCUGUUCUCUAUAGGUUUGGAUGCUUCUUGAGAUAUCAUUGCCAAAUUCAGCAGGAGGGUGGCCAAGGUGGGAGCAACAGUUCUCCUUGAUGGUGGGACACCAGCCACCAUUUUGAAUCAAGAUGGCAGACCAAAAUGUGACUUUGGCAUGACCCUGCCUGCUUCUUUGGUAUAGGUUUGGCCACCUCCUGAGAUAUCGCUGCCAAACUUGGCACAAAGGUUCCCGAGAUGGGGGUGGCAGACUGGCAGUCUUUGCCAUUGUUUGGAUACCAGACAUUAUUUUGAAUCAAAGUGGUGGACCAAAACAUGACUUUGGCAUGACCUCACUUAUUCUUGGCAUGGCAGGUUGAAACUCAAAAAUUACACUACCUUUAAAAACCAUAAUAUGUUUUGGUUUCUUUUAAUUCUUGGGCAGUGCCAGGCACUCCCUGCUAGUUGUUAAUACUUUGUGCUUAGAACAAUCCCUGACAUAAUCCAAUGCAUGCGUGAAUUUGAAUUUUCUCACGGCCCAAGAAUUGGGGGGGAGGGGAAGACAGAAACAGGUAUGUGUCACUGAGGUUCAGGAUGUGAGGCAGCAGAGCGGCAAGCCUAUUAUGAUAGGAGGGGGGAUUAUUUUGUCAUUCUUGAGGCUGUUUAUACAGACUUAUUUCCUAGGAACUACAUACAGCAUGCCCAGAUCCUGUUCGGUUUACUGGAGCCAACCAGAAACAGUGUUAGAACAGAAAAAGCAAAACUCUGACCAAUGAGCUGCUGGCUAGGACCCUCAGAGAGAGAAUGUGCUAUUGUAUGGGAAAGUGUACAACUUGUAAUUGUAAUUUGUGAAUUGGAAAGAAGUGUACCUGCCUGUGCAACAUCCUCUCUCAAUCAUUUAUAAGUCCUGGAGUUCCUGCAGGUAUUUUCCAUGCACAAGCAGGAAGAGCUAACAGGGUGUGGCAACAGGAGGACAGGACAAGCACCAGCAUAACCAGGAACAAUGAGCUCUCCGGGACAGCUGGAGCCAGCUCUGCUGAUGUGAUUUACAGGGCCUAGAUCAGAUGUGAGCAAAUGAGUGAGGCCGUAGUUUCCAGUGGACAGAAGAUCAGGCACUGAAUCUCAGGGAUAGGGAACAAUGUCUAAAAAGCCUGUGCACUCAUAUAACGAAUGUACAUACAUGUCACACUUGGCAUGCUGGGUUAUAAAUCCAAAUCAGACAGCCAGAAAUGCUGUGAGCUUAAGCAAAAGGAACUUGAAUAAUCUAAAGGACGCCUAUCUAUCUUCUAGGAUUUCAAAACUGGAGAGGGAUCAGGGGGGCCUGGUAACAAGUUUGGGUCCAGAGAGAUGGUGCUUUGGCACUGACUCCCCGUCAGGUAGCUUAUGUCACAGUAACUGCACAUGGCUUCCACUGGUGUCCCCUCCCUGUGAUGAAGUUAUUAAAAAUGUCUGCCGACAUAUCUGGCUGACUGUAAGUAUGCUAUGUCAUAGGCUGCCUGUAGCGCUUCACCAAAAGAAGGGCACUUGCCCCUCCUAUCUGCUUUAAAAAUAAAGUGAGCUAUUUAUGUGUUUCAAUCAAACACUUGACGAAAGGUGUGUUUUUCAGUUCGGUUGGAACACUAAAAAGAAAACUUGAUUCAGUCUUCCAUGAAGAUUCCCAUCUCCCCAAACCAAAGUCUCUUUACCUUGAAGUGAGGGCAUGCUAGAGACAGGAUACAAGCCUAAGUCUGAGUUGGGCAAACUUAAAGAGGGCUUUGCUCUUAUUAUUAGAAGGGGGGACAUGGGUGGUGCUGUGGGUUAAACCACAGAGCCUAGGGCUUGCCGAUCAGAGGGUUGGCGGUUCGAAUCCCCGCGACGGGGUGAGCUCCCAUUGCUUGCUCCCUGCUCCUGCCAACCUAGCAGUUCGAAAGCACGAAGUGCAAGUAGAUAAAUAGGUAUCGCUCCAGCGGGAAGAUAAAUGGCGUUUCCGUGCGCUGCUCUGGUUCGCCAGAAGCGGCUUAGUCAUGCUGGCCACAUGACCCGGUAGCUGUGUGCUGGCUCCCUUGGCCAAUAAAGUGAGAUGAGCGCCUCAACCCCAGAGUCGUUCACGACUGGACCUAACGGUCAGGGGUCCCUUUACCUUUACCUAUUCCCUUCUGAGGUGCUUUCUCUCAAAUUCUCACUCCCUACUUCACCAUCAACUCGGCGCUCUUGCUCUGGCAGUCUUUUGUCUUUGUUUCCUGCUAUGCUUCUCCAUCGUGAUACUGGCUUGCAGACAUUGGAUUUUCCUAUUGGUUGCUAUGGUUACCUUUGGGUUGCCAUAAUUUCAGAUGCAGAAAUGAAUUUGAUGAACUGCAACUCGUGCCCAUUUGAUGUGAACAGCGGCUUGUUCUGAAAACUUUAAAUAGUAUCAGGAAAAGCAGUGUCCAUGUUUGCCAUUGAUUGCAUUGUGACUCGGUACUUCUUUAGAGCUUAAACACUGAUUUCUCUGCAGUAACUAUGCAAUGAGAGGAUAAGAGUUGCAAUACUGGCUCUGUCCCAAAGUCUAUCAUGCAAUAGCUAAGCAGUUGCCCUACGUCUACUCACAAGUAGAACAAGUUCUGGGUUCCAUUGGGUUAUUGCCUCUAAAGCUCUUACUUCGGAUAUGUAUAUUUAAAGUACAAUUCCAUAUGAUCUUGCUUUUCCACUCAGAUCAGCCAGAGAAAUCUUGCUCCAUCACCUACUGUCAGAGGUGCAGUUGCUGCUUUGUGGCAGCAUCCAGGUUGCGUAAAUCCCUGUCCUGGAAGAUCCACGAGGCUCACUUCCAGUACCAAAUGAAAACGUCUUUCUUCCAGUGGCCUGUCAGGGUUUUUUAGUGUUGUUUCGUGGCUUAUUUAAGGGUGAUCUUGCUUGCUGGUCUUGCCUUUAUUUUUAACACAAGGUGAUAGUCAGCUGCCUUGUACCACUAGGAAAUGAGAUGGAAACAUAGGAUAUAAAUAUUUAGUGAAUGGGUAAUGAUCAGCCAUCCUUUAUUCUUGUGUCCACCUUUCAUGGCUCUGCUGCAGUAAUAAUGCUUAGUAUGAUGUUUCCUUCCCUGCUUACUUCUUUGUCGCUGCCUCCUGCUGUUUUCUGCUUCAUUGGAGCAUGAACAACCAAGAACCUCAUGUAGCAGGUCUGGUCCAAGGUUCAGCUUCUCUCUGGGUGAAGUACAAAAACUGGGUCUCAAAAGGCAUCAUCUACUAGAUCUCUAAACGUUUGUUUUGCUGCCUUUUUGCACAGUGCCAGAACUGCGCAGUCUGGAGAGUAGGAAUUGGCUGAUCCACUUGUACUACAUUCGCAAAGACUAUGAUUCGUGUAAGGUAGGAAUAUGAUAUACCCUGACUUUUUUGCACUUUAAAUCAGAGGUGGGGAACCUGUGGAUCUCUAGAAGUUGCUGAGCUCCGUUUUCCAUCAGCCCCAGCCAAUGACCAGAUCUUAUCAGAAUUGCAAACCAGCAUCUGUAGGGCUGUAGCUUUGCCAUCAGUGCCUUUUAAGGAUAACUUCAGAGAAGUAUCCAGGCUUUUGCUUUGGAGAAGGACUUCGUUUCUUCUUGGAACACUUCCAAAACAAGAUUUAAAGAUAGGGAAUAUACCAAGGGCUCCUUGUACAGGUUCCUCCACCCUUCUCUGGUUUAUUAUUGCCAGAGUUCCUUAUUAAACCCGAAUCAGAGAUAACUAUGGUUCGCACUAAUCAAGAUUGCUUCCAAACUAUGAUUUGAAGUGGGUUUGCAUACCCGUAAGGGUUAAUAUUCUUUCUGUUCCCAAAAGCCUCCUGUUAACUGAAUUAACUGAAUUUUUGGUUUGCAUUUUGUUGGUUGGUUGCUUGCUUGCUUCAAAAUCUAAUGAGAGCAUGGCAGCAUGUUAACAUGUUCCAUCCUUAGGAACUGCUAUCCCUUUACCAAAACUUGUCAGAGUCAUGAAUGCAGCUAGCCAUUUUCUCCUUUUGAAUAAAUCGCAGCCUCCUAGAUCUCCCCACUCGGUCCUUCCUCACUGUCAUCGUGCCUCUGCUGGUGAUCCUAUGCAUGCUUACUCUGGAGUUUGGAGUGGUGGGAGCCCCAUCCACUGCAGCGGGACCCCGAGAGAAUGGAGCCUGGGAGGCACAUGGCUGGUGUUGCUGUCGCUGCUGGUGGCCUACUGUCUUUCUGGCUUGGUGCCCCUCUCCCGGCCAGACUGGGUGGCGUGGGGGGCACACUGGCUGGCACCUGCUCUAGGAGAGUUCAGGGCUGCUCUUGCAUGACCCGCUGUUGACCACUGGCCAUGCCCUCCCCCAGUGGUGGCUGUGAUGGCUGCCUAUUGCUGCAAAUCCUCUUCUUGCUGGGCACCUCGGCCUCUCAGCCAGCCCAGGGGUGGGGCACCCAUGGAUGUCCCUUCUCUGGCCACAAGGAGAAGGAGGCCCAGUCUGGGCACGGCUUGCCUUCCUGAGGCUCUGGAAGGUGGCAGGAGCUCAGCCCGAUGAGGGAGCCUGUUGUGGGGACUCUCAGAAAUCUGUGCCCCUCCUGCCCUCCACUGCUUGUGGCCCACUUGGUAUGAAAAUUUGGACCGCCCUGCUCUAACCAUUAUGUCACACUGGCUCCUAGAGGUGCAGUUUUCUCUUUGUAGUGAAUACAGGAAUCUUUGGGAACCUUUGGCUAUUUUUGAAAAAUAAUUUACUCUUGGUGCUGUGCAAAGAGAGUGUUCACUUCUAAGGACCAUCAAGGCAGGCACUUAAUUUUCCAAUAGAUGGAUAACAGCAAUCUAUUCCACAAGUACUUGGGUGGCAGGAGUUUCACUUGUCCUAAUGUUACCUAUUCAGAGGUCGUUGCCUUAAUGUUAACAUUUUUUAAUGCAAAAGGGUUUUUUAUAGUGCCAUUAAAUGAAAUUGAAAGCCUUGCCAAUGUCAAAGCCAUCAAAAAGCUCCUGCUCUUGGAUAAUUUGACUUCAGGAGGCUCUUUUCCAGGAAGGACAAAUUACCAGCGCGAGAGGGAGCGGUUUCAACAGGCAUUUCCUUGCUCUGAAAAAAGGAGAAAAUUCUAGGCAUUUCCCCCCUCUAGCACAGAGACUGGGAAUUUGUGGCCCUCCAGAUACUGCUAGGCUACAAAUUUCAUCUUCCUUGACCCUUGACAAUGUUGGCUGGCCACAGGUUCCUCACCCUGAUCUUUUAGGUACCUUUCAUUAACAAAUACUGGCUUAAUGUUGAGGCUAACUUAUUAAAGGGUAGAGUUGACAACAUUCUGCCCCUUAUCCAAAAAAGGAAAAUAUUUUUAUUGGAACAUAACUUCUUUACUUUGUGGUUCAGAUUCUUAUAAAAGAGCAACUCCAAGAGACCCGUGGGAUAUGUGAAUAUGCAGUCUAUGUUCAAGGUAAGCUACAAGCACCCUCCCAUGGCUGACAUGCUUCUACCUUGUCUGACACAUUUCCCAAGAGCAACCUCCCUUUAGGGCUGAAAAUAAAAUUAUUUCACUGACUCCCUCAGUGAGUUCCAAAAAUAUGAGGGUGCUUCCAUAGUCCACAUAAUCCUCGUUAACAGACAAAAGCGAUCCUAUGGCUCUUUUAGGACAAGCGGGCCAGAGAAAUGCUAAACUACCCCAUGGGCUACGCUUACCACAAAGGAACAGUGGUGCAGAUGGCACCAUGGCUUCCAGAUACAGAACCCACCAGCUGCUAGCUCUGCUCCGCUGUGACCUACCUUCUUCAAAAGCCUGCUGUGUGCUUCAGCUGGGAAGCUGGUGGGGGUAGGUUCUCCUCCUGCACUUCUAUACAUUUCAGCAUUGCCCAGGGUGCAGCUUACUUCCUUGAAAGGACUCCAGAUUAACAUGCUGUGCAUUGUUGUUUUUCAGCCUUGAUAUUUCGCUUGGAAGGGAAGAUUCACGAAUCACUUGAGCUUUUCCAAACUUGUGCUAUUCUUACGCCCCGGAGUGCAGACAACCUCAAGCAGGUGGCACGAUCGCUGUAGGUGCCAUUUUAUUCUUCAGAUUUUGGGUGUUGCAUAAAGGGAGUGGGGUUACCAAAGGCUGUUUUACUCCCGUUAGCCUUCAUAUUUGCAUAGGCGAACUACUUAAUCAUACACCCUCCCUUGUCCACACACUUACAAACAUAAAAGCCCUGCUGGACCAGACCAAUUCAGACCAUCUAAUUCAGCAUCUUAUUUCAAAGUGGCCAACUGGACACCUCUAGGACAUGAAAGCAGCAGCCUGCCUCCAUUAUUUGUCUCCCGGAAACUGGUAUUCAGUGACAUACUGCCUUUGAACUCUGAGUUUCCAUGCAGCCACCAUUCCUAGUACUAGCUGUCAAUUAAUUAACCCCCAUGAAUUUGUCUGCUAAAGCUGUCUAACCUGGUGGCCAUCACCACAGGAGGAAAAAUGAUGUCUAUCUGAUCCGGCACUAUUAGCACAGCACACACUUAAAAGAGAGAGGAGUCACUAUUUUUAAAAACCUCUCCAGUCCCCCAAGCUUUAGGGUGGAUAACAUUUUAAAAGUUAUUAAAAAGAGUUGUAAAAAGAAAGAACAGCUGUGAAACUCAGAUGGUAGCACCAAGUGGGCAGAUACGAUCCAUAUCAUGUGACAUGAUAUUAUCUGUCCAUGCAUUAGGAAAGCAAGAAAUAGGGAAUAUCCAGCCUUCUAAUAAAAUCCUUUUAACAGGCGUUGCGACAUGCUAUGAAUCCCCAGUAUAGUGGACGAGUAUUGGAUUCUUCUGUUUGACUCUACAGCACAGUAGGCUUCCCUAGAGCUCCCUUUGAUCCUCCGACUGAUACACAGUUGAUGGUCCAGUGAUACCUUGGGAGGAAAGGGUAAGAAAAAUAAGAUCUGACAUUUUCUUGCAGGUUUCUUUUGGGAAAACACAAAGCAGCCAUUGAAGUGUACAACGAUGCGGCCCAAUACAACGAGAAGGACUGGGUAUGCCCAAGGUUUUCUUUGCUACUUGUAAAUAGAAUGGAGUAGAAUUUGAGACUUGCAGAUCGAUGGCUGACCUAUGGGUCAGUUUUGUUCAGCACUUUCUUCUGUGCGAGGACAGCAGCACCAGCCUGUCCUCGGAAUGCAGCUUAUGAGGAGAGGUGUUAAUAUGAAUCUGGGUCUACACAGACACAGCCUUAAUGAUUCCUGUGGCAAGUGGAGAAGGUGCUCCUGCAACAGCAGGAAUUGCUGCUGCCUCUAUUGCAUGUACAGUGGUAGCUCGGGUUAAGUACUUAAUUUGUUCCGGAGGGCUGUUCUUAACCUGAAACUGUUCUUAACCUGGAGCACCACUGUAGCUAAUGGAGCCUCCUGCUGCUGCCGCGCCGCCGCUGCACGAUUUCUGUUCUCAUCCUGAAGCAAAUUUCAUAACCCGAGGUACUAUUUCUGGGUUAGCGGAGUCUGUAACCUGAGGCGUAUGUAACCUGAAGCAUAUGUAACCCAAGGUACCACUGUACUGCUCAGUUGGAUAUGUUUCCCAUUGUGAUCAUGUGCAGUCACAUGACCAAGGAUGGCUAUGGCUGCUCCUUUAUAGGGGAAAGUGACUGUGUGGAUUAGCUCUUAGUCCCAUUGGGAGUCUAGUUGCAUUGAAGACAUCAGCCUGUUUCAUAAAUUCCAUGAUACAGGAAGGAAUAUACAACCUUCCCACAUAGUUGAUCAAAACAGAGGAAGCGCUGGUUAGUGUCUCUGCCAGAUGUGCACACAGAUGGCUUCCUGCUUUAAUAUUCAGCAGGAAAACAAAACAUGGCUUGAUACUCGCUCUUGGACCGAAUGCCGCAUCUUGGGUGGUGAGUCCACCACAGCAGAGCAUCAGCAUAGGCAAAACAUUGUGUACCAAGCUGGAUUACCACAACAGACACCAAAAUGAUCACUGCCAAGGCAUAUCCAUUCAUUUAUUUGUCACAUUUCUUACCCUGCUCUUCAGCCAAGAGCUCUCAGAGUAGCUAACAAAGAUAUAGAAGCCUAAGUACAAUUAACAUGGAUAAAGCAGCCAGAAUAUAUCAGUGCCAGGCAUGUUAAAUCAGAGGUCUUAAAAUGUGAGGCUCUAAACACUCGAAAAGUGCUUGAGCAAACAAAAAAAUGCCCUUGCCAGGCACACAAAAGACAUUGAACUCUGCCCAGGUGAAUCUAGUGUUCAUUUAUUUGUUAAAUGCGUAUCACGCCUUUGUACCCAAAUUGUGCUCAAGAUGGCUUGUACUUCUGCAGAAGCCUGGCGGCAUCUCUGUUGUUGAAAUGGCACACUGACAAGCCUUAUAACUAAAUUUAUCUUCCUUAUUACAUGAUGUAAAUGUAUAUUGGGCCCGGUAUUUAUUUUCUGCUUGCAUCAGCUCAUCCAUCAGGUUUAUAUGCAGAAUUCCAAUGAUAGUUGUUAAAAGAAAGAUUAACAGAUGUGUCUGGCUAAAUCUUUGCUGGGUUUUCAGUUUAAUUGUAUUUCUGUAGCAUCUUUGGUCAUAAUGGGCUGAAGCUAACAACUCAGAUCCAUUGAACUUUUCUUUCUGAUUCUGGAAGACCAAGUAAGUUACAGUGGCCCAGUUCACACAUCAUGAUAAACCAUAGUUUAUGGUUUACUGUGAACAAUGAACAUGCAGAUCUGGGCCACUUUGCGGCUUCCCAUUAACACACCACAGCAACAAACCAUGUUUCUUGGCUUAACAUUAUAGCCAGUGUGGUGUAGUGGUUAAGAGCGGUAGUCUCGUAAUCUGGUGAACCGGGUUCGCUUCCCCGCUCCUCCACAUGCAGCUGCUGGGUGACCUUGGGCCAGUCACACUUCUCUGAAGUCUCUCAGCCUCACUCACCUCACAGAGUGUUUGUUGUGGGGGAGAAAGGGAAAGGAGAAUGUUAGCCGCUUUGAGACACCUUCGGGUAGUGAUAAAGCGGGAUAACAAAUCCAAACUCCUCCUCUUCUUCUUCAUCAUCAUCAUCACCAUCAUCAUCCAAAUUGGAGAUCAUAGUAGUUUUGUUCCACCCAGUCAGUCAGUCAGAAAGCAAAAAAUCAUGCUUUGUUUGAAGUAAAACCCAUCAUAAUUCCCAGUUCAGACAUAAUGCCAUAGUAGGGAUUGUGGUUUGUUCUUCCCAUGGACUAGUGGGGAUGAGCGAAGCCGCUCAGAUCAGCAUAUUCAUGGUAAACUAUUAACUAUGGUUUACUCUGAUGUGUGAAUAAGGCCAGAAUUUGGCUAUUUGUAAAUGAAGAGAUUUGUCAAGCUCUGAUCUGGGGCAUUUAGGACUGUUAAUAUUCUACUGAAUGGAAAUGAUUUGUUACCAAUCUGAGAAAAUGAGAUGUUUCAAUAGAUUGUGCCAUUCCUGUUUUUUUGAGCACAUUGAACCUGUGGUUUUGCAACUUGUGAGCUUGAGACCAAUAAUGACAAGAGGUUCUAUCCCCUCAUGUAUCACAUGUGGAUUUACACAUGUCCCCUUUCCCCUCACAUCCAGGAGAUCUGCCACAACUUGGGUGUCUGCUACAUGCACCUGAAGCAUUUCAACAAGGUAAAGUGGGCAGUUUUCUGGCAAGCAUGAAAGGUCCAGGGGGUGGCAGCCUGAGAAUGGGCAUUUUUUUGCAGUGGCUCUGUUUGUGGAAUGCUUUCCCCAGGGAGGCUUGCCUGGUGCCUUCAUUACAUAACUUUAAGCACCAGGUGAAAACAUUCCUCUUCUCCCAGGCCUUUGGCUCAUUAAAUAAUCUAUGGUUAUUAUGUUAUGUAUUUUUGAAUUUUUAUACCAUGGUGGAUAAAAAUCUAUGUUUUUUUUUAAAAAAACCAGAUUUUAAAUCGGAUUUUUAAAAUUUAAAUCAGAUUUUUUUUAUUUAAAUUGGAUUUUUAAAAUAAAAUGCUUUAGGAGUAAAAAAAAAUUUCUAAAGAUAGUUUACUAUUUAAGUUACAUUAUAGUCCAAAGGCUAUUCAUCAGGAAAUAAGUUUUUCAUGUGUGUUGAAACUCAGUCUAAGUUGGUUUUUAAGGAAAUGGUUAUUAAGGAAAUGAUUAUUUUUCUCCUUCCAAUUAUAAACAGUUAACUUAUUAAGCCUCACAAUAAUUUCAUAAUUAUGUAUUUCUAAUAGUAUAACUAGAUCAGUAAUUUUUGAUAUAACUGUAAAAACUGCUCUGAAAAUUUAUUAUUCCAAAAAUGAAACCUUCAUCUGUUUGUAAAUAUUAAGAUUAUACCAGCAGGAAUGUAUUUUUGUAAAAAAAAUGAUUUAAAUCAAGUCUUACUGACUUGUGAUUUAAAUCAUGAUUUGAUUUAAAUCAAUUCCACCCUGUUUUAUACUGUAAACCACCCUGUGAUUCUCAGAUGAAGGGUGGGAUAUACAUUUAAUAAAACAUAUACAUAUACAUUUAAUAAAACAAACAAACAAACAAACAACAGUCCAAAUGGUUGGGUUGUAUCCUAAGGAACCCUCAAUGGCUGUAUGGAAUUGAGAUGAAGGAAGUCUAGGCAGUAGAGCUCUAGAAAAAGAGCCAUUGGUUGAGUUCAACAGCUGUUCCUCUUGUUCAGUGUGUGCUGCCCCAACAAGAUAUCAGUUGCAGAAAAGAUAUUCCGGUCCUAGUUGGCAUCUUACCUGUGGCAGAUACGUUGCAGAGAGGGCAACUUGAUAAAAGGACUUGGGGGUUGUUCUUGUAAGCAUUGGAAAGGAUUCUUUUCAUGACUGACAGGUCCCUAGUAUGCCUCUCAUCUUCAUGUUAGAACCACAAUAUUUGUUUUUUCCUAAAACAGCUGCUACGGUCAUAACAAGGAUUGAAGGCAACCCUGUUUAGGGAAGUUUUUAAUGUUUGAUGUCUUAUCGUGUUUUUAAUAGUCUGUUGGGAGCCUCACAGAGUGGCUGGGAAAACCCAGCCAGAUGGGUGGGGUAUAAAUAAAUUAUUAUUAUUAUUAUUAUUAUUAUUAUUAUUAUUAUUAUUAUUAUUAUCAAAUAAGUUAUGCACAACUGAAACUUUCCCAUAAUAUUACUUUGUGUACAACCUGGUAGGAUUUGGGUUUGAAUUGCAGAAAUCAGCCUUUUUGGUGGGUGGGGUAUCAAGGACUGACACAUGGAGGAGUGGUUGGGGGGUAUAACAGCCUUGCCCAGACUAGUGCCCACAAGAUGCUUUGCACUACAACGUCCAUCAUCCCUUACCAUUGACCAUGCUGUUUGAGGCUGAUGGGAACUAUAGUCGAAAACAUCUGGAGGGCAUUAGGCUGGAGAAGGCUUGGAUGUAGGAUUGAAGUGCGCAGAACUGCUGUUAAUAGACAGGAAAUUAUAUGUGGCUGAGCAGCAUGUACGUGUAUGGCCCCUGGAGUACCUAGCCCAUGUUCCUAUAGUUAGUGAGUGUUUGACAGAAACAGCCCAGACUUCCUCAGUCUCUGCAAAACGUGAGGCCUAUUAACUUGCUGUUUGAAUGGGACCCUAAAUGCGGAAUCCUCUGCAUGUUAAACCAAAUCCACACCACGUAUUGGCUGUCAGAGUUUUGAGUGGAAAGCUGGAAGAGCAGAGAUACCUGCCUCUCAUGGAGUUGUACAGUAGAAGAAUCUAGCUGGAAAUGCUCCAAAAUCCUGAUAUCUGACAGGACCAAGCCAGCGGCAAACCACACCAAGCAAGUUGGGGUUAACUGUUUAUAAGCAAAAGCAGAAUCUGCACAGGAGCGUCAGGCCUAAUGAGUACAGAACUCAUCUCUGGCACGUCUUGUCCCCUUGAAGCAGCCUCAGUCAUCUCUCUCUCUUGGCCUCCCUCUUCCUGCUUCAGCCUCUGUCUCUGAUUCUGUCUCUGCCACAGACACAGAUUCUGUCUCUGCCACAGACUACCCCCACUCCUUGUGCCCUGUUACCUCUCCAGCUUCCGACACCUUCUCCCCCCAGUCUUCUCCCUCUGACCACUCAUUGUCGUCCUGCCCCCAAUCCCCUGGCUCUGAGCCUUUUUCCCUUGAGCCUUUCCCAGUUGGUUCCUCUCACCAUUCCUACAUCCAAUCAGCCCGUGACAAUAUCUGACUAUGGCCUGAAUGCCAUAUUCCAUGUGUCGUUGGCACAAAAGCGAUUUAGAAGAAUCCUUGUCGUUAUAUAUUUUACAUGGCUGUUUAUUUUUGCAUAUUUAAAAUUUUAUAUAUGGAUAUUUUAUGAUGGCCUAUACUUGUAAUGCCUAAUAAAGGUUUGGCGAAGUAAGAAGUACCACGAAAGGGAGCCUCGGACCUGGCGAGCACAUCACCUGUUUCCUGAGCUGUAGCCUGGAGACUUUUGGACAAUCGCAUGAAAAUGCCUGGGCUCCCUGUGUUGUUUGAUUGGUUCCCACCAUAUCUUUAGCAUCUGUAGCCCUCCAGAUGUCUGCAUCAGCCCUUGUCCACAUGGACAAUGGUCCAGGAUGGUGGGAGCUUUUUGAGUGAUGAAGCCAGUUGCAGAAAGUAUCGAAGAUAGCGAUGCUGUCUUUACUGAGAAUACUGUAGCCCUCAGGUCAGAGCUCGCUUUACUGUCACCAAUUAGGAAGAUGUACCAGUUUGAUUCUUGCAAGGCAUGAAAAUGGCCCAUUCUCUCCAGUUUGGGGCACACAAACAUUUGCAUUGAGGUGUUAAUGGGCCAUUAGUAUGAGAAAUUUCCUCCUCACAUUUCCCCUUUGCUGCGCCCCGACCAUGCUGCUUCCUUGCAUCGAGUCACAUGGGCCUAUAAAAUAUAAUGAAGCCUAUAGAAUGCGCUGGCAUUUUAGCUUUUUAGCAAUGAAUAUCCCGUGGCUGCAUAAUUCUUUUUUACUUUGUCAGCAUCUCUCUCCUUUAAUGUGCCUGGAAAAAAAGAGAGAAGAAAACCUGCAACCUUUCAUUCCAGUCCCACCGGCUGGGCCCAGGGGAGGAAAAGAGGCCAUUGCAAUCGAUGCCUCUCAUUGGAGGGGAUUAACAAUGUGCCCAGGAGGAGCAGUUCUGCUCCUUUGUGCAGUUCAGCAGCCCUCCUGGCUCAGUGCUGGGAUAAGCAUUUUGUGGAAUGAUGAGCUGUAAAAGCCUCGGUAACAUUCAAUCCUGCCAGUCCGCAGAUUCUGGCUUCCUAGUGCUUCUAGGCCUAUUUAACUCGGGAAAGCACCAGGAAGACAGGAGGGGGAGGGGCAAAGCAAAUGCAGCCCCACCUUUGAGGCUGAGCCCACUGCCCACUUGGCUGGAGCAUUCAAGGGGGAAGGAAGGAGGAAAUGAACUCUGCUCCUAGCUUGCCUACUAUAGGACCUGUUUUGGCAGUGGAGGGAGAGAGUUAGAAAGAAGGGCCUAUCCCAAGAGCUUUAUGCAAGAAAUUAUAUUCCGUCCAUAAGAGAGAGAGAAGAAAGAAAGAAAGAAAGAAAGAAAGAAAGAAAGAAAGAAAGAGAAAGUGUAUCACCAGAGGAGCUCAAGUUGGACCAGCAAAAGGGAGUGAGGAAUUAACAAGCAAGGGGAGUUUUUAAAAUUGUGAGGCAUCCAAAGGGGAGAGCAUUGGCGAGUGUGUUAGCUUGGUUGCUUUUCUGUCUUUCUCCUAUGGGUGUAGCUGCAUCAUAUAUGCGGCAAGCGAGUGGGACCCCAGAUACCUGGUUGGUUUGCAUUCCAAAGGUCCCAGGUUCAAUCUCUGACAUCUCCAGUUCAAAGGGAUACAGAUAGCUGGACUUUCUCAGCCUGAGAAGGACAGUAGCCCAGUGGUAGAAUGUCCCAGCUUCAGUUUCCAGCAUCUACAGGUGAGGGUGGUAGAAACUCCUGUCUGAAACCCUGGAAAGCCACUGCCGUUGAGCUAGAUCAAUGGUCUGACUUCGUACAGUGCAAUUGCAUAAGCUCAAAACUUAUUUGUUUAUUAUUUUUCUGGGUCAUUGAGUCACCCACCAUGACCACCAAUCACUGCCCUUCUGCUUUCAGGCUUUUGCAGCCACAAAGACUACAAGUAUUUUUUAGCCCACUGGCUGCAGAAACACGCUUGUCUCUUUUCUCUCUUGUUAUCCUAGUGUAAAUGAACCAGUGCUCAGGCUGGCUCUUUGCCAAUUUCAUUAAGGAGAGAUCUAGCUUUCAAAAAGUGUUUUUGGUUUUUUUUGUCGCUCAUCUUUGGUGUUUUAUUAUAUAGGUUUACCAUUUCAGUGGGAACCACUUCAUGAAGUCCAUCUGAACAGUGGCAUAUAAAUAUCUGAAAAUGAAUAAUACACUCUGUGCUCUGUGCUCAGGCAAAAGAUCAGCUGAAUAAUGCCCUGGAGCUCAACCGACAUGACCUGACAUACAUGAUGCUGGGCAAGAUCCACCUGUUGGAGGGGCAGACGGACAAAGCCAUUGAAGUCUACAAGAAAGCAGUGGAGUAAGAGCCUUUCUUCUCUUGUUCUGUUGGGGGUGGAGGUGACCAGGAAUUAACCUCAUUGUACAGAACUAGGAAGCGUUGAGAAAGGUCUUCUCUCGUGGCCCAGGCAGCCAUCUUGGGCACAGUUUUGGAUUACUGCUCCCACCUUUCAAGUCCUUUUGAAGCGCAUGAAUUCACACAGGUCUUCAACCCCGAGGCUAUAAGCCAGUGUGACAGCCUGCAAAUCAGCUUCUUCAAACUAUUUCUGAAGGCUGUUCCGAUGCUAACAUGAGCAUUUUCAUAGCACUCAUGAGGGGAAACAGAAUCUGCUGCUGCUGUUCUCACAGUAUGAGCCAAGGAGCAUAUGUCAGCCCCAUUUCCAACAAAAGGGGUUCUGUUCAAAUAGCCUCUAAUAGAAUUAGGUUUGUUCAUUUUUUGGUGUGUGUGUGUGUGUGUGUUUUUAAGGAAUCAUUUGUCUUUUAUUCCUUCCCCGGUUUGUAUUUAUUUAUUAUUUAAUAAGUGCAUUUAGAACCUGCCUUUCAUUGCAAUAGAUCCCAGGGCAGAGUACAAAUUGCAUAAAAGCACAUAAAACAGCCAUGCACUGCAAAGCCGACAGGAACGAUAAGAACAGCUGUAUGGCCUUUUAAUGUAAAUCGAUCAGAGAGCUUUGCUGUGGUGCAGUAUGUAAAUUGAAAAACAAAAACAAAAUGCAAACAACACCUCUGGUAGAGUGGGGGAAAGCUCCUUUGCAUUUGCUGCCCCAGACAAUUAAAAUACGCAGCAAUGGCAGCUGGAUGGGUCUGUUAGCCCUGGAAUAUUCCAAAGGCAAAUGUAUUUAAGCCUUUCUGUGAGCCCCUUGCUUUCAGCAAGUAAAUAUUUCUGCCCGGCAUGUCAUUUGCCAUAGUCUUCUGCUCAAGCCACACAGUGGCAGAUGAGGGCUUGGUAGUCCUUCUUUAAGGCUGAUAAAAUGUCUCCUUCACAUGCAAGAUUGGGGCUAGUCCUCCCAUUACGCAGGAAGCAGAUCACUUCAAGUGGCAAAUUUUGGACCACCAUCAAAGGGUAGCAACUUGUACGAUAUUUACUGUCGUUUAUUUUUAUCACCAUAGUGGGGAACAUUUGUAUCUUCUGCUUCUGGUGCAGAAAUGUCAUGGGCCAUCUCUGCGUGAAACUCGUUUAUGCCCUUGCAUAACAAUGUAUUAAUGAGGGCACCAGAUGCCAUAAAACUCUAGGGUCUCUUUUUCUUUGUUUCAGGUUCUCUCCGGAAAACACAGAGCUCCUUACAACUCUGGGCUUGCUCUACCUGGAGGUAUGGGAGGUUGCUAAUUGGUUAGUUGUUCGGUUUUGUCCAGCAGCUGUUAAUGGCAUUCAUGUUGAGGCAUCCCCAUUGCUGCUUUGAGACUUUUCUCAAAAAGUUACACUAGUCUAUCUCUUCUAAAUAUGUGCUUUAGAGCCCCACAGGAAGGAACUUACCUUACGCAGUUGAGCCAAAGCAGAAUGCAGAUAGGCUCUGCUUCUAUAACCUGCUAGUCCAAGUAUAUGAAGAAGGAAAAAGUAGUUUGUGAGUUUUCUAUAUAGGAAAGGACCACGUAUUGGAUAAAAAGGCACCUUACAGAAAUUCAGAAAUGGCUUUAAAGUUUCCUGGGAAUAAGCAAUGUCACACAGUUUCGUGAGUCGACAGUUUUCUCUGUACCAUAAUUCUGCCAAAUCCCUAGCUCACUCCCAACAUGGUUCUUGUUUAUUCAACUUGGGCCUCCAUUUUGUCUCUGGGCAGGAUUUCCUCAUCUAAAUGCUUUCUUGAUUUCCUAGCAGCCUCAGUAAUGGCCCAAGAUUAUUAGGUUUCUAGUGUUGAUUUCCCAGGAGGAAAUGAUAGAGCUUUGAAUUCUGGGGUGUGAUAUUUGGGGCUGGUUGACUUUUGAGUCCUUUCUCAUGGGAGAGCCAGAUUUAGAGCAUGUCAGCCAAAGAUGCGCAGCAGUCCUCUUUAGAGAGUGCGCAGUGGCUUCCUGGUUGCGUUUGAUGAACCUCAGAGGGUUGUUUGUUGCAGUUCCUAAAGAACCUGCAUGUGGCGUAGGAAGCAACUACGACCGUGGAGUAAAAACCAAUGAAAAAUGUAUUGUGAUUCAGUUGUUUAAAUAUUCUACUGAUAUUUCCCCCCUUUACUUAGCUCGAGGUUCAUCAGAAAGCCUUUGAGUAUCUUGGGAACGCACUCACGUAUGAUCCCAGCAACUAUAAGGUAACUCAGGGGAUGGGAAUAUAUUGAAUUGUUGGCGGAAACAGAAGAAAAUCAAUAUGAAUGUCACAAAAUGGUAACCUAAGUAAACAGCUGGAUGAGCUGGUCAGAGUCACUAAAGCACCUUUUCCUUCUUGGCGCUCUUCACAUGUUUUGGACUGCAACUCUUGUCCGCCCUAGUUGUAGUCCAAAACAUCUGCUGGGCACCAUGUUGGGGAAGGCUGAUCUUUCUUAGUCCUUGGUCCUGCCUAUCCCACAAGGUUCCAGGUAUGUGUGGCUUUGGGUGUAUUCCUGAUGUGCAGAACCUGUCUCCAGUCAUUGUUCUGAUAAUGCCUUCGCGUUCUUUGCUCACCGACAGUGGUGAAAAGCCAGUUUGUUAGCCCCCUACGAUUUGGUUUUUGCUUUAUUCUUUUCAAAAGGCGAUCUUGGCAGCUGGCAGCAUGAUGCAGACACAUGGAGACUUCGACGUAGCCCUCACCAAGUACCGAGUGGUCGCUUGUGCUGUUCCUGAAAGCCCCCCGCUCUGGAACAACAUUGGAAUGUGCUUCUUCGGCAAAAAGAAAUAUGUGGCGGUAGGUGUGUUUUGUGUCACCUGCCUACCCUCUUACCUGAAUUUGCAUCCAUUUGUGACUGUCUUUUACCCCCUCCUUCCCCUCUCCCUAAUCCUCCAGCAUGCAGAACUGGAAGUGGGGAGGCAGGCAUUUCUUUCAAUAGCAUUGGUGUUCCUCUGGCUAUUGCCCACCUAAUCCUUGAGCCCUCUGGCACAAACAGAAGCAGGGUUUUAUCUUAUUUGCACUGAUGUUUGGAAAAGAUAAAAGCAGUCAGGGUUUUGUUAAUUCCAUCUUAGCUAGCGUUGGCAACUGGAGAGCAACAUCAAUGCUGGUUUUGACCUAUGAAGCCUUGAACUGCUCAGGACCCAUAUACCUCGAGGACCGUCUCUCUCCAUAUGAGUCUACUCAGACCCUGAGAUCAUCUUCUGAGGCCCUUCUUUGUGCGUCUCCAUGAGAAGUACACAAGAAUGGCCCCUUUCUGCAGUGGCUCCCCAUCUGUGGAAUGCUCUCCCCAGGGAAGUUUGCCUGGUGCCUUCAUUGUAUACCUUUAGGCACCAGGUGAAAACAUUCUUCUUUAAUCAGGCCUUUGGCUGAUUGGCAUCUAAUGCCCUUUUAAAUGUGUUGUGGAAGAAGGGAUUAUUGGGUUGUCUUUAUUUUUGUUUUUAUUAUCUAUUCUGUGCUUUGUAUAUUUUAUAUUUUUGUGUUUUGGACCUCUUUGAGAUCUCUGGGUAUAGGGCAGCAUACAAAUUUAAUAAAUAAUAAAAUAAAUGAAUGAAGUUCUUCUUGAGAGGCAUUAUUAUUUGGAAGGAUCAAGAAAAUUGUACCCUUGGCCUCUACCCCUAAAGCAGCCAUUUCAUAAUGCCUUUGCCUCUUCUCUUACUGAAUGGAACCAUUUCCCCCUGCAGGCCAUCAGCUGCCUGAAACGAGCAAACUACCUUGCUCCCUUUGACUGGAAGAUUCUGUACAACCUUGGCCUCGUCCAUCUGACAAUGCAGCAGUAUGCCUCUGCGUUCCACUUCAUCAGUGCUGCCAUCCAUCUCCAGCCAAAGCUGGCAGAACUCUACAUGUUGUUAGCAGGUAGCACCACACACACCUGCCACCCUUGCCUGGUUACUACAAUGGAAAUUCUGUUUCUUAUUGACGUUAGGGGAUGCUACCCUGGUUGAAAUCACUAGUAUAAAUUUAUGUAGUGUUUUAAGCACGUGGUUUAUUCAAUACUGAUGAUAUCAUUUCUUCCCUUAAUAAUCCCAGCAGACAUUAUUCCCAUUAUACAGACUGGGAACUUAGUUCAAGAGACUGACUUGCCUAAGGCUACCUCUUAUAGUCAUGACUAAAUGGGCAGUUCGAAUCCAGAUCUCCCAGGUUCGCAUACAACUUUCUGUUCAGUGAACUAAACUCUGGCUUGAAAUAAAAUCAGCUGCGAUGCAGGUGCAAAAGUACCAGAUCCAUGGGUAAGGAAGACGGAGGAUUCCUAUCCUUGGUUAGCAUUGAUCCUGAACGCAUGAAGCAAGCUUAUACUUAGACCAUUGGUCUAUGUAGCCCAGUAUUGCCUUUUCUGGUUGGUAGUAGCUUCCCAGUGUCUCAGCCAUUGGGUCUUUCCCAUCACCCAAUACUUGAGAUCUUUAGCUGGGGAUGAAGAACCUCUGGUCCACCAGACAUUGUUGGACUACAACUCCCCUUAUCCUUCAGCCCUUGGCCAUUCUGGGUAGGGCAUAUGGAAGUCGCAGUUCAACAACAUCCAGAGGGCCACAGGUUCCCCAUUUCUGCUUUAACUGGAGUUGGCAGGGAGUGAACCUGGAAACCUGAGCAGGGCCUUUCUAUCUACAGCUCUUCUAAGAAGACUGUUGUUCCCUGUCUCAAACCUGAACGCUUCUCUUGAAGAGGCCUGUGUGUUCUCUCAGCAAGCUUAAUGUGUUGUGACCCUUCCUUAAGAGCAUUGCAUGGGGGGCGGGGGGCGGUGAAUAAAAUUCAAACCCUUCUCCACCAUCAACUUCCUGGAAGGCAAGUCAUUCUCUCAGUCCCUUUCCCAGCUGCAAUAUGAGAAUAAAGACACUGGCCAAAGGUGCAGAAUUAAUUUAGAAUUUCUUCACUUUGCCAGCAAGAGUUACCCCGUUUCCCCUUUCUUGAUACAGUUGCUUUGACAAAUCUUGAAGAUGUAGAGAAUGCCAAGCUCGCCUAUCAAAAAGCUUCAGCGCUGGACACGUACGUUUCUCAGUUUACUUGGGGCAGUUUACUUGUUAAAUAGUGCUCUUUCUGCACCUACCCAAGAGUGGCUCCAUAGAGCACAUAUCCUCUCCCAUUUCCUCACUAGCAGUACCUUAAGGCUGGCACUAUCUGUGAGCUUUCUUGUUUCUUAGGACCACACUUUCUCAACUUUUGUUUUAAUGGGAGGUGGUGGUGGGAUCAGGAGGUUGUGCGUGCAUGUUUCUGUAAGGGGGUUCUAGUCCAUGAAAAGUGUUUUCCACACUAAAUCUCCCUCUGGAACUUGCCAUAUGAACCUAGUUCCACUAGUCAAUAGGUGUGUGCAAGUGUUAUCCUGCACAGAUUAAUCUGGAAAUGUACUCUGUAAAGGAGACAAUCUUGGGCCUCCAGUGUUUGCUGAGCUUCACUUGCUUCUUUCAAGUGCAAUUGCAUCAUUGCUGACCUAAAAACUUAGAAAAUCUGCAAGAGUGGGCAGCAAACAGCAUCACUUCCCAGGUCCUUAGCAGAGCCAAAGACUACAUUAGUUCUAGUGCUCGCAGCUCACCAUUUGUAAGAAACCACCUCCACUGUAUCUUGUCAUGAUCUCAAAGAUAACGUGUGUGCUACCUGGGAAGGUGUUCUUGGUAGCCACAUUAUAAAAACCAUCUCCUGCCUCAGCUUUUGGGGUGGCUUUUGGAAACCAGCUGGCAGAGGCAUUUCUGUUUUUUAAAAACUAUUUCCCUUGGGAUUAGAGUAUUUAACCUCCAUCUGCUCCAUGUUGUUGGAAUAGGAUCAAUAAACAGUUGCCAGCUUGCAAGUUCCAGGACUAUGAUAAGGUGCUUUGCCCUAUAACUGCAAGGUAUUUUGGGGAUAGGUUUCAACAUGUGCCUCACAUGAGUGAAACGAGUUUCAAAGCCAGUUGGAAAUCUCUUGCAGUUGGGGGAUUACAACUGUGGCAUCUAGGAUUGUUUAUGCACCAACUAUUAUCUUGCCUCAGAACUAUGGAGCUAAUUUUGGUCACAUUGCACCAAAUCCUGCCCAAUCCUGACAUAAAAGCUGCUGAACUCCAAGCAUAAGCACAGCCAGAGGGGGGCAGGGGGGGCAGCUACCCCCCCCAAAUCUAGUAAAUAAAAAUACUUAACUGACCAAUUGCAUUGCAGAUAACUUGGUCCCCCCUCCCCAUAAAGGCUGCCCCCUAAAAUAAAUCCUGGCUACACCCAUUACUCCAAAGACACAAGUUCAGUGCAUGUUUCCAUGCACUUUAAAAACUUCAAGAUCUGGCUUCCAGCACAAUCAUUAGACAUGCUCUUAAGAAGCUUCAUUUCCAUUUAAAAAAAAACCCAGGUUUUUUUCUUCAUUCAUAUAGUUUUGGAGAUAACACUUGAAAGGGGGUAUGUAGGAUGUGUUAAAGGCCCCAAGGGUCUCUUUGCCCGAGGCUGCACUUUCGUACAGCUCCUUCUCCAUGUACAGGCUCUCGGUUUUUCAUUACUCUCUUACUGUUUGUUCCGCUAAUCAGAUCUAAUAUGUAAGAUAAAAAUUACCUUUGGACACUUACAUCAUUUUUAUUAUCUAUUCUUCUCAUUUCUGAAAAAAGUAGAAUUUGACCUACUAGGUUACAGAACUCUUAAUUUUAUCUGUACUGCAACUGUUUGUUUUUAUAUGUGGACUUGCUUUCCUAGAUGAACUUAUUUUUAACUGUUUUGACACUUUCCUUGUGUUGUGGUUGUAAUUUUUUUUAUAUAUAACUGUGUAUUUUAUUGUUGUAACCCUCUCUGGGACCUUAUGCUAAAGGGUGGGCAAGAAAGCUAAUUCAUCCAAUUAAUAGUUUCAGCAAGCAAAAGGCCACUGCCUAAGAGAUCUCACAGAUGGAUCUUGGUCCUGGCUGUAAUACUUGCUGACAACAGUGCAGUUUACCUCCCUUUAGCACCAGUACUAUUUAUACUACCAUGUUGUCUCUCCUGGGUUUCAGGUUCAGCCCGCUGAUAAAUCUGAACUAUGCAAGCCUGCUCUACAAUCAGGGGGAUAAGAAGGGGGCAGUUCUUCAGUAUCAUGAGAUGAAAAGAAAGGUCCAAGCAUUAGUGGAUAGCACACCGGAGUUUGACCCUGAGGUAUGUUAGUUUAAACCACUGCUUGCAGCUCCCAAACAGCUACACAGCGAGGGGUCGUUUUGUUAGCGGAACUUCAAACAGAGUGUGUGGUUACUGAGACAACUAAGGGGUAGGGGUGGGAGAGAAGAGAGUAUAGAUGCAUCACAAAUAGAGCCCUUUAAAAUGAGAAUGUAACAAAAUCCAUUUAAAAAAAAAUCAGAAACAACUAAUACAGUGGUACCUCGUUUUUUGAAUGUAAUCCGUUCCGGAAGACCGUUGGAGUUCUGAAAUGUUCAAAAACCAAAACACAGUAUGAAAGCCUAAAAACGGAAAACUCAGUACGGAAACUGCGUGGCAUGUUUGACUUCCGAGGCGUGUUUGGAAACAAGCAUUUGCUUCCAGGUUUACGGCGUUUGAAAACUGUGAAAUGUUUGUCAAAUGAGAUGUUCAAAAACUGAAGUACCACUGUAGUAGCAUGGUUGGGAUGCCUUCUUAGCUGUCAGUGGACCUAGAUAGCAUUCCCUGAAAUUGGGUGGGGAGUUUGGGCACCUCUGAGGACGGGGAGGCAGGCACACAGAAAAAGGGCAAGAGGUGCCAAGGUCCAGGAAGAUGAGCACCCCUUCCCCCUCACAUUUUGCCCUUAAAAAGGGGGGUAGCACAUGGUCUCCAUGCAAAACGUCUUAGGUUUAAUCCCCAGCCCCUCCAUAUAAGAUUGUUGGAAGCCCCGGAAAGCUGCUGGCAGGCAGUGUAAUCUGAGCUUGAUGGACCAAUGGUCUGCUUUUUGUGAAAGGCAGGUUGCUAAAUACCAGCAUGGCUGUCCAAGUUGUCUUUUGCUUCAGGAUCUUUGGCUGGGCAGGAUGAUGUACUUCAGGGGAACAUAUGGCAAGAGGUUAUACGUGUGUUUUCCCCAAGUUCUCCUUCCUCCUUUGCCUUUUAUCAGGGAGAACCUUUGGCCCCCCAGAUAUUGCUGGGCUGCAACUCCCAUCUUCCCUGACUACUAGGCAUGCUGGCUGGGGCUAAUGGGAGUUGUCAAAAACAUCUGGAGGGCUACAGGUUAGUGCCUCUGCUUUAUGUGGAAGCAGAACUGGAAUAAGAUUUGAUGGCAAUGGUGUUUGCUGACCAGAUUCUCAAUUUCUUCCCACCCCCAUUUCCCUCUUCACACUUGGGCAGAUGGUGGAUGUAGCUCAGAGACUAGGUGCUGCCUUGCAACUGGGAGAGGUUGCAGUCUGGGCUAAACCUGCUAAAGACUCCAAAUCAAAGCAGCGAGCAACUGCAUCUAGCAAAUCCUCCAGCGCACAGCCUUUGGGCUCUAACCAAGCCCUGGGACAGGCCAUGUCUUCUGCAGCUGGGUAUGCCAAGACCAUGAUUCCAGGUAUGCCUGUCUACACCAUGUCUAUUUGCAUAAGCAGAAUCAUUUCCCUUUUUUCUUUUCGUUGUCUGAAUGCUAUAGACAACCGGGAGCUACACAGUAGCAGUUGUAAGUGUUCACUAGUCAUCUGUAACCUCACAGGGAGAUUAGCCUUCAAGCAGUUAAACCCAGUGUUGCAAGUGCUCAGGUUAAAUGGAGAGGUGGACAUAACUGUGAAAAACUUUUAGAAGUAGUUCCUGCAUACUUCUGCAGAAAGAAAGAGUUAACAACUUUCAUAUAGACACAAGUUAUGCUCCAGCAAGGACAAGUUUGAAUUUAAUGGCAAGGGUGGAUCCGCAUUCAGAUUCUGUGCCCACUACUAGCAUAUAACUUGCAAAAAUAGCAGGUGAUUUCUCCAGGCAGCUUGGAGACCAUGGAUAUAAUACCUAGUCUUAGUCUGUGCUCAAAAUGUUCCCAGGUCUAGGUUCAGCAGUGUUGGUUUUAUGUAUAUUCUGCCUUUUACUCAAGUAAGGGAUAGUAGCAGGAUAGUGUAGAGCAGGAGCAGAGGGAAUAAAGGAGGGAACAGGGAAUCCUCACAAAUCUGUACAUGAUCUCCACUGAUCACUCUGGCUCUUAAAAGGCAGGGGCCUCAGGAUAGUUUUGCAAAAGACAUUAUCUGCUGCAGAUAAAUCUAAGCACAAUUAUUGAGCAUUUGUUUAUUUAACAAAAUGUAUAUACUGUACGGCUUGAUUGCAAACAGAACCUCUAAGCAGUUUCUACCCACUAAGAUAUUGCCCAUCUUUUGGGGCCAGAGGGCACAUCUGCAAACCAGAGAAACGCUGUGGGCAUCACAGACACCCGGCAGAUUUCUUGAUAUAAUGCUUCUUCUGUCAAGCCUAAUUUUAGCAGGGGGAAUAAAACCAUGCGGGCAGUAGAAAAAGCCUCUGUGGGCACGUGUGCUCGCUGUUCAGGCUGACCCAUUUUCCCACAUUGCCCCCACCCAAAAAAACCCAAUGUGCAAUAGUUUAUUCACGGUUCUAGAAGUUACUGGAAUGGGAGAAGUUUCCUUCCUCAAUCAAGGCCAAAGAGAAAUGCUCGUUACUUCAGGCAGACAAAAAAAUUCCAGGUUACUUACAAUGUGAUUUGGUCCAACUAAGCCAUAAGGAUGCUCAGGAGCAAAGGCUGCUCAUGGAAUUGGGCUAACCUGCAUGGUAAGCAAUAUAGAAACACUAGGAAUUUCACCAUCCACCAAAAGCUCUCUCGAUUAGAAGAGAAAAGCAAGUUCUGAUUUGUGCUCACUUUCAUUUUCAGGCGCUGGAACUCAGCUGGCCAAGCCAGUGGAGCCUAAGCCUGCCUCUGAUCCAGAGAAAACUGCAUCUGCUGAAGGGCAGGAGCCGCCUAUGGAACAAGAAAAGGAAACUUGAAGAGACUACCAGGACAGCUUGUGGAGCUGCAGAACCUGCCCUGCGAGUGAGAGGAGCAAGAUGUGUAAAGUUGGUAUCACCCAAGCCUUGCUCCAGCAAGAGGUUCUCUCUCCAUCCUUGAGCCAGCAGGAUUCUUGGGAAAUGUAUAAAAUCUAAUUUCUUCAAUAUUCCAAAUUAAAAGGAUUAUGAAAGAUGCCCUCAAGAUAACAGCAAAUGAAAUUUGGUAGUAGUCCUGGAAAAAGUUAGGUCUUUGCAGCAAGAGAAGUUGGGUUUUACAGUUAUUCUUCAAGUUACUGACAGAAAAACACAAUUGUAGAGAGGUGCCCUAAAAAUUGAGACUGCAGCAUUCCUUGUGCUUUUGUCUUGCCCUCUCCUAACAUAUCUGUACUGAUAGUCGCCAGUGGUUAACUGCUAAAGCCUGAAGCAUCUGCUACUGUACUCUCAAACCAAGUUCUCCGAGGUUGUGAAAUUUUGAACGGAUUAAGCUACUGCUUUAGGAUCCCAGAAAGAUCAAGCAGACCAAUGGUCAGCAGAUAUCUUUCUUUUCCUAUCAUUGAAAGGUGGAAUUUAUCACUACAGCCAAUUUGGCUGAAUUACUUUAUAUAUAGGGGGAGCUUUUUAAAAGAUGUAAAUAGAAAUAUUUAAUAAAAGGAUUGAAACGCUUCUAUUUAACUU